CGCGCUCUCCCAGCAACACGGUCCGACGAGAUGCCGCAUUUUCUUUGAUUCCUUGCAGGAAUCUUCCGUCGAAUUCGACGCUUUGAUUCGCCGCAAUCUCUCUCUCUUGGAGUCGUGAUCCGCCCUCGUUCGAUGAGCUCGACUCGUUCAUGCUAUGAUAUCUUGUUAAUCCGAAGGAGGAGGAUGCGUCUUUGUAGCUCCCUACUGAAGAACUGUUGUUCCCUUUUGUUUCUUUUACUUUGAUUUGGUUGCGAGGCUUCAGAUAUUCCCGGCUCUGCUUCGUUUAGUUCCCAUUCGUCGCAUCGAAGUUUCUACUUGUGAUUGCGUUCGUCUCUCUUUCGUGCACCCUGCCAUCGUUCCGAUGGGCCCUUUUCCUUUUCUUUCCUCAAUAUGUUGUCUCUUCCCCUCUUCAUCGAUGAACUCGGCUCUUUCAUGCUCUGACAUCUCGUUAUUCUGAAGGAAAAAUUGGGUCUCUGUAGCUCCUUUUACUGUUGGUAGUUGUUUUGGUCGUAAAGCUUCAGCAUUCCCGAUACUGUUUCGUUAUAUUCCAUUCAUUACAGCGAAAUUUGUUCUCGCUGAUUUCUUGAUCUUUGCUGCGGACCAAUUUCCCUUUUAUUGCUGUUCUAUCUGUUGACUCACAGCUUCCCAAGUUCGCAAUGUUGUACGUUUUAUUGGCUUUAUGACCUGGAAAAACCUUCCUUUGCUCCAAUCUUGUAGUUAGAUUGCCAUUGCGAAAUCAAAGCACUAACUUUCUUUUUAAACAUCCUUUUUCUACAAAUUUGGCUGAUUUAGGAAGUGUUCUCAAUUCUAUUUUUUGCUUGGUUGCAUUAGCCCUUUCGAGCUUGUAACUUCCUUUCCAAGUUUUCACUAAUCUUGCCAACUUUCUUGACAUUCUCUUCAACCAUGGAUCCUAAUCUGAACCCAGUGAAAGAGGAACAUCAGGAGUUCUCUGAUGCAUCCGCCUCUUCUACCGAUGUCGCCAUGGAUCCUCCUAAGCCAUUGGAUGGACUGCACGAUGUUGGUCCACCGCCUUUCCUUAUGAAGACUUACGAGAUAGUUGAUGACCCCAGCACCGAUCAAGUUGUGUCAUGGAGCCCGAGGAACAACAGCUUUGUGGUCUGGAACCCUCACGCAUUCGCGAUGACUCUGCUCCCAAGAUACUUCAAGCACAACAACUUCUCCAGCUUUGUCCGACAACUGAAUACCUAUGGUUUCAGGAAGGUGGAUCCAGAUAGAUGGGAAUUUGCUAAUGAGGGGUUUCUCAGAGGCCAAAGGCACCUCCUCAAGACCAUAAAGAGGAGAAAGCAAGUCGCUUAUCCUCCUUUGCAGCAGCAGCCUCUCUCUUCCUUUCUUGAGGUGGGAGAAUUUGGGUUGGAAGGGGAAAUCAACAGGUUAAAACGUGACAAGCAAUUGUUAUUGACAGAACUCGUGAAGCUGAGACAGGAGCAGCAGAACACAAGAAACCAUCUCAAAGAUAUGGAAGAGAAGGUACUUGCAACAGAACAGAGACAGCAGCAAAUGAUGACAUUCUUAGCCCGGUUUAUGCGGAACCCCAGCUUCCUACAGCAGUUAGUUGAGCAAAAAGAGAGGAUUAAAGAGCUUGAAGAGGCCAUUUCUAAGAAACGAAGACGACCGAUAGAUAGAGCUCCUGAGAAUGAUGAUGUGGGCACAAGUGGAAACCCAAAACUGAAUAUUUCUACUAAAAUUGAAGCCGAGGAUAUACAUGACUUCCAUGUGGAGGAGGUCUCAAGUUUGGGUAGUCUGGCUCGAGAGAUACAGGAACUGGUCGACGAGAACAAUCAAGAACAGUUUGAGCUGCAAGAUGUCAAAUCAGAUGGGGAGCUGAACGAUGAAUUUUGGGACGACUUGCUAAAUGAAGGGAUCGAUGGUGAGAAAGGUAGAUUUGAAACUGAGUCUGGAGGUAACGAGGUUGUGAAUAUGUUGGCUGACAAAUUAGGCUUUCUUAGUUCCACCAAUCCCAGAUAGGGUGGCAAUUCAAUAGUUCGUAUCUUGGUUGGAGUCUUUCUACCUUCCCUGCAUUGGUUCAAUUAAUCUAAAGACACCCUUCAGCACAUCAUUUUCUCAUUUCCUACAUGGUGAUAUGGUUCAUGUUGUACAUCAGAAUAUGGAAAUUUAGGCCCAAAUUUCUUACAUGGAAUGUAUUUUAUUGAACCAUUCAUCAUGAUGCCGCAUCACAUCAUCUUUGGGGUCUUCACAUGUACCAUUAUAUCAUGAAAUUCAAUUAUUUUGUUGCCGUAAUCUAGUCAGACCCCUUUCAUUGCAGUGCUAUUGAUUAAACAUGGGAGGAUCCUCCUCCCAUGUUUUGUCUGCUCCUAGUUGGCAAAAACUAAAUUCUGAUGGAAAUUGUGAUAUGUAUUUAUAGUUGUACUAGGGAAUCAAGGGAAAGAUCUUUCUUGUUUAA